CAUGGCAACAAUGACUUCCAAAGCUCUGCUUCUCACUUUCCUCUGUUUCUUCACCAUCUCCUCUGCCGAAUUCGUUAAAGUUUCAGUCAAAGGUGUCACCACCAUUGCUCAAACUGACGACGACUUCAUCUGUGCUACUUUAGAUUGGUGGCCUCCUAAUAAAUGCGAUUAUGGCCAAUGCCCAUGGGGACUAGCUGGCAUUCCUAAUUUGGAUCUUCAAAAUAUUAUCUUGGCCAAAGCAAUCAAGGAGUUCAAUCCUUUGAGAAUCCGAAUUGGAGGGUCACUUCAAGAUCAAAUCAUUUACAGAGUUGGAAACGGAUAUAAGAAGUGUCAUCAUAUGAGGAAACAGAGUGAAGGUUUGUUUGGAUUCAGCAAAGGUUGUUUAACUAUGCAACGAUGGGAUGAACUUAACGAUUUGUUCAACAAAACAUCAGCUCGGAUUACGUUUGGUUUAAAUGCUUUAAAGGGUAAAAAACCAGCAAACGAUGGAACUAUCAAUUGGGUUGGUGAUUGGGAUUCUCAAAAUGCUCGUGACUUAAUUCGUUACACUGCCUCUAAAGGAUACAAAAUCGAUUCUUAUGAACUUGGGAACGAGCUUUCUGCCACCGGAGUUUCGGCUAGGCUCGAGCCGGACCAAUAUGGUAAAGAUUUGACAGUAAUGGGGAAAAUAGUUGAAGAAGUGUAUCCUGAUCCCACCAACAGACCCAAAAUCUUGGGACCAGGUGGGUUCUUUGACAAAGAAUGGUUCAGAGUCUUUCUUCAGAACACUGCACCAAAUGUUGUUUAUGGAGUCACUCACCACAUUUACAAUCUUGGAGCAGGUGUUGACCCUACACUUAUAGAUAAGGUUCAAGACCCUUAUUAUUUGGACCAAAUUGCUCAAACAUUUAAGGAAGCCAAGGAAGUUUCUGAGAGAUUUGGGGCAUGGUCUAAGCCUUGGAUUGGUGAAUCUGGUGGUGCUUAUAACAGUGGUGGCAAAACUGUUUCUCAUACUUUUGCUAAUGGAUUUUGGUAUUUGGAUAACUUGGGGAUGACUGCAUCAUUCGAUCAUCAGGUUUAUUGUAGACAAGCCUUGAUUGGUGGAAACUAUGCUUUGCUUAAUACCACCACUUUCAUCCCUAACCCUGAUUACUAUAGUGCUCUACUGUGGCACAGAUUAAUGGGGAAGAAGGUCUUGGCAGCAUCCCACGACAGUUCUCCAUACCUUCGUGUUUAUUCACAUUGCACCAAAAACGAAGAAGGUGUAACUGUUCUUCUAAUCAACCUGUCAAACUCGACAACACAUGAUGUGAAGAUUGUAAACGACAGAAACAUUUACCCAAAUUUCGUAGGCAGCAAAUUAAAAGCAAGAGAAGAGUAUCAUUUGACACCCAAAGACGGUGAUAUUCAGAGCGAUGUUAUGCUUUUAAAUGGAACUCCUCUUCAGCUUACACCAACGUUGGACAUCCCCAAAAUGUCGCCCAAGCUUGUCGAUCCCACUUCCGUUGUGACGGUUGCUCCUAGUUCUUAUGUCUUCGUCUCCAUCAAAGACUUCAAAGCUUCUGCUUGCGCCUAAAUACACACACACACACACAUAUAUAUAUAUAUAUAUAUAUAUAAUUUAAAAAGAUAAAAUUUGUGUAGGUUUUUUAGAUUUUGCAUUUUGAGUUGGGGAUUUUUUUAGUAUUGGUUAUUAAUUUUAUUUUUUUUCUUUUGUUAACAUUGAUUUAUGACUGACAAUAUAUAUGGGUUUUUGUUGAUAA